UAGAUGAUGCAUAAUUUCAGUAGUGUUGCCAUUAUCCAUUAAAAUGGCAUUUUCAGGUCAACUUCUCCGGCAUAGUUUAUGGUCCAAACUGGAGUUUAUGCGUUCCCAGAGCAUGCCUCCAUUGCAACCUAACCAUGAAUCAGUUACGGAAGUAUCACAACGAAAACUUAAAAUACGAGGCAUCAAGAGCAAAUCUAACUGUUCGGUCACACUUUCAAUGUUAAAUCCUCAGAAUGGCACGAGUAUGUUUUCUCCAUCCGACACAAUCAAGAAGUUCUACUCAAGUAUCAACAACAAGGACAUGAACCAACUAGCACUGCUCAUAGCUAAAGAUUGUUUCUUUGAUGACUUCUCCUAUACUCAACCAUUCCGAGGGAGAAAGGAGGCUCUGAAAUUUCUGAAGAAACUAACCACAUGCAUGGGGGAGAACACACAGUUCUGCAUUGAACGCAUUUACGAGGGAGUUGAUCUUACAAUAGUGGUGAACUGGCAUUUAGAGUGGAACAAGAAACAGGUUCCUUUCACUAGAGGCUGCAGUUGCUACGAGUUAUCAAGAGAUGGAGAAGAACUAGUCAUAAGGAAAGCUCAAGUAAUUGUUGAAUCGCCAAUCAAACCAGGAGGUUUAGCGAUGGAAGUGUUCCAGAAGGUGAUUUCAAUAUGUGAUGCUUUCCCUGAGGCCGCUGAAUGGUUGUUUCUGAUGAGUCCCCAUCUUUUACAAAGUAUCUACAGAAUAGCACUCCGGCCAAGCUUACGUCCAAUUCUUGCCUGGUACCGCAAGUUAUGGAGUAUCAUAGUCACCAUUCUUACACUUAUCUACACGAUAUCUCUGUUCAUUAUUAAGAAGUUCCAAAAGUAGACAUAUACACUGCUUGACACUCAAGACAACUGGACAACAUUUUGAAGGCAUUAUGUUCCUACAUAUAAACGGUAGCAUACAAAACAGACUUCACAUCCAUAACAAGCACAGUAAAACCUUCAAAAUUUUCUUACUUCUAUUGGUAGAAGGUCCUAAGCCAUUAACCAUAUCCGCUGUCAAUCAUCUUUGUUAUCUCGUUUCGACCAUGAUUCAAGCAGUGAAAGAGCAACUAGAGGUCCAAGGAAAGGAGGGAUCGGAGGCGGCCUGCUAAAAGCAACGAGGGGUUCAGCAUUCUCCACCUUUAUCUGGGCUUCUCCAGCAUCAUCAUUUGCUUGCUUCUUAGGGGUCAUUGUUCCAACUGUACCAACGUUUGCAAUUAUUGUCAUUCAUAGUCAAAAUGAAUACAACUGUAAAUCAAACAGUCAAAUAACUUUUUCUUCUACUA